UACAAAGUUUGGGGGGCUGGAGAGAGACUUUUUUGGGCGACUGAAGCUAAAUAUGGUCAGAAAGAUAAAAGUUAAGAGUGAGAAGCAGUGAGUGUUUGUGUUAAUCUCUGAGAAAGCACACUGCGUGUAGCCCGACAUAGAGAUUUGGUGGGAGUAAAGACAGACUGCUGCUGGGACAGACGGACAGGAGCAGUGUUAAAGCCGAGCCGGGGUCGCUAUACUGGAGAUAUGUUUUAUUCUGUUUUGCAUUGUUUCUUUCUCCACUAAACCACCAUCUUUGGAUAAUCGUGCUUCAAGCUGAACUAAAUAUAAACCAUCCUCCAACAACCAGGAUACUUAACAAAGAGCCAUGGAAACUGCUGAAAGAGGUGAAGCACAAAAGCCAUCCAGAAGAAUCUCCAGACAGAUGAAGCAAAUUCCCGGCAUGGAGAUAUAUCGCCACUUUGUCAAGAGUUCUACUAAACAGAGUGAUCUCAAAAUACACCAGCGCAUUCACACAGGAGAGAAACUGCAUCACUGCUCAGACUGUGGGAAGAGUUUUAAUCAACAGGGUGAUCUCAAAAAACACCAGCGCAUUCACACAGGAGAGAAACCGUAUCACUGCUCAGACUGUGGGAAGAGUUUUACUGAACAGAGUACUCUCAAAAAUCACCAGCGCAUUCACACAGGAGAGAAACCUUAUCACUGCUCAGACUGUGGGAGGAGUUUUUAUAAUUUGAGUCAAUUAAAAAUACAUCAGCGCAUUCACACAGGUGAGAAACCGUAUCACUGCUCAGACUGUGAGAAGUGUUUUACUACACAGAGUAGUCUCAAAAUACACCAGCGCAUUCACACAGGAGUUAAACCUUAUUACUGCUUCGACUGUGAGAAGAGUUUUACUGCACAAGGUAAUCUCAAAAUGCACCAGCGGGUUCACACAGGAGAGAAACCGUAUCACUGCUCAGACUGUGGUAAGAGUUUUAAUCGAGAGGGUCAUCUCAAAAUACACCAGCGCAUUCACACAGGAGAGAAACCCUAUCACUGCUCAGACUGUGGGAAGAGUUUUAAUCAACAAAGUACUCUCCAAAUACACCAGCGCAUUCACACAGGAGAGAAACCAUAUCACUGUUUUGACUGUGGGAAGAGUUUUACUGAAAAGAGUGCUCUCAAAAAACACCAGCGCAUUCACACAGGAGAGAAACCGUAUCACUGCUCAGACUGUGGGAAGAGUUUUAAUCAACAGGGUGAUCUCAAAAAACACCAGCGCAUUCACACAGGAGAGAAACCGUAUCACUGCUCAGACUGUAGGAAGAGUUUUACUACACAGCGUUAUUUUAAAUUACAUCAGCGCAUUCAUACAAGAUAGAAUACUAUCCCAAAUCGGUUCCUCUGCCAUAAAAAUUGCAAUUCUAAAUCUUUCAGCUAGCCAAAAGCACCUCAUCAGAGACAGACAUGAACUGAAUUCAAUCAUUGUAAUAAUUUAAUAACUGAAUUUUUUGCAGGUUCAGUAAAAUGUAUCUUAUCCAGGGGUGAUGUUUCACUGCAGGUUCACUGCAUUACCAUUUAGCAUUAAUAAUAUGAAACAAAAGUGUGAAUUUUAUAAUUCCAGGACAUUCUUAGUUUAAAAAUGUAUGCUUUGCCAUAAGUAGGAAAUGAUAAUUUGGUGAACUGUCAUUUACAGCCUUAACAGACUCACGAUUGUUUACAUUUAAACACUUUUUUUCUUUUUUUUUAUUACUUGUAUGAAUUCAUUUGAUAUGCAAAGAUGUAUUGUGUAUCCCUGUUCAAUGUUGUUGAAACCAAUGGAUUCAUUUAUUUUUUGUUGGAUAACAUGUGAAUGUAUUGUUUGUUUAUGAUCUUAAAUAAUCAAAGUUAAUUAUUAAGUGUUUUCCUUUAGAACAAAUGGUAGAUUUCUGACGCUGUGAUUGACCUCGUUUAUCAGAGUUUGAUACCAUUUCUUUGGGACAAGCGGUUAACCAGAUCAAGUUACUUAAUUACUUAUGAAGCAACAAAAGUGCAUUCAUGUAGUUUUCUCUUCCCACCAGGAAGCUGAUUGGAGCCUCAACGAAAGGCCCAAAGACCACUGAAACUAAAAUAGCCUUUCAAAUCAAUCCUUUAUUGGAGUCGUGUCUGAAGUAAUCCAGACUUUGUGAGGCAGACAGAGCUCAGUUUUUAGGGUAGUUGUAGUUGAGUUCAGUUCUGAAGAGGGGGAGAUUGUUCAAGUUUGUAGUUGGAGCAAGAGCACUGCCAGUGUUUGCUCCUGAUGUUAGAUUACCAUAACUUAGUCUUUAAAAUUUAAAUGUCGUAGUUGUAAGGGGUAGAGUAUUCUUAGGAGUAGAGUAGGAUCAUGAGCUUGCAACUGUAGUAUCUUGAGCUGUGAUGCUGUGUAGAUGCAUGAAAUAAGUCUUCGCUGAUACUGUUCUUUGUAUAUAAGAAAAUUUAUUACAGAAAAAAGAAUAAUUAGUACAAAAGAUAACAGCAUCAUUAACAAGCAAACCGGUUUUGCUUGGAGAGAGGUUCCCAAAUCUGAUCCCAAGCUCUCUCUCUCCCUUUCUUUGUCCUAAGCCAGGGUUUUAUACGUCAGACCAAGGCAUAUCACAUAUCUCCUUACCAUAAAAGGACAUAUAUGUUCCAGGCAUGAGCCCAAAAGUUUAAAGUACAAACAGAUGAGGGGUGUUUUUGGCCCUUGGCCCACAUUCCAACAUCUACCCCAGGGCCCCUCACUCCCAGACAAACCCAGUGCUCCAAUGAACCGAAUGACCCAGUAUUCUUCUUGUAUGGAAUACAGUGUUGUACCAUUUUAAUACACCACACAACAAAAUGCCAACACAAUCCUUUUCAGAGUUAAAACGCUUUAGCUGUAGUUUCCGUACUGAAAUCAACACUCAGCAGGCUGUGCUGCAGUAAGACUGCAGGAUCCUUCAUUCCCUCUACUGCUUUUCUCAUUGGUCUACGGUUCAGUCAGUCUGAUUAAAACUCUGCAACUUAGUAUAGAGGGAUAUUUGGAUUUGUUGUAUUACUAAAGUUAUAUUCUUUCUUAUCUUUUCAUUAUUUGGUAUCAUCAUCUUGCUUCAGGUUUUUUUAUAUCUCUAAAGGUACUAAAAAUAUACAACUUAUUUAGUUCCUUGAUUGUUUUUAUCCAGUACCAACUAUUAUCAUUGUUUUUUUUUCACCUUAUACACUUGCAAGAAAAAUUAUGUGAACCCUCCAGGAUUACUAGGAAUUCUGCAUAAAUGGAUCAUUAAAUGUGUUUUGAUCUCAACAAUAAACAAACACAGUCUGCUUAAACUAAUACCACACAAAUAAUUAUAUGUUUGCAUGGUUUUAUUGGACAUAAAAGUAUGUGAACCUUUGAAUUUAAUAACUGGUUAACUGGUUGACCCCUCCUUUGGCAGCAAUAACAGUAUGGGUUGGGUUGAGGUCAGGACUCUCCAGAAGGAGUAUUUAUUUAUUUUCUCCUGUUGAAGUCGUUCGGUUGUUGAUUUAAUUCUAUGUUUUGGGUCGUUGUUCUGUUGCAUCAACUAUCUUCUGUUGAGCUUCAGUUGGCGGACAGAUGGUCUUAAGUUGUCCUGCAAAAUGAUUGUCUUGGUAACCUUGGUAAUUAAUUUUUCCGUUGAUGACGGCAAAAUCCGUCCAGGCCCUGAAGCAGCAAAGCAGCCCCAAACCAUGAUGCUCCCUCCACCAUGUUUCACAGUUGGGAUGAGGUUUUGAUGAUGGUAUGCUGUAGCGUUGUGUGUUCAUUUCAAACAACUCAAUUUUGGUUUCAUCUAUCCACAGUAUAUUUUGCCAGUAGUGCUGUGCAACAUCCAGGUGCUCUUUUGCAAACUUAAAACAUGCAGAAAUGUUUUAGCAGGGGCUUCCUCAGUGGUGUCCUCCCAUGAACUCCAUUCUUGUUUGUUUUCCUUAUUGUAGAUUUGUCAACAAAAAUGUUAGCAUGUGCCAGAGAUUUCUGUAUUCAGUCUUCGGCUGACACUCUAGGAUUCUUCCUCACCUCAUUGAUCAUUCUGCGCUGUGCUCUUGCAGUCAUCUUUACAGGACUUUACCACGCCUAGGGAGAGUAGCAACAGUGCUGAACUUUCUCCAUUUGUAGAGUGUCUGACUUACCGUGGACACAUGAACAUCAAGGCUUUUUGAGAUACUUUUGUAACCCUUUCCAGCUUCAUGCAAUUCAACAAAACAUAGGUCUUCUGAGAGCUUGAUCUUUUGUGCGAGGCAUGAUUCACAUCAAGCAAUGCUUCUUAAGAACAGCAAACUCAAAACUGAUGUGUUUUUUUAUAGGGCAGGGCAACUUUAACCAACAUAGAAAUUAUGCAGAAAUCCAAGUACAAUCCCAAAGGGUUUACAUACAUUUUCCUGCAACUGUAUAUUCCUUAUAGAUUUUAUAGUAUAUCUGUGUUUAAUAAAAUGCUUUUACAUUGCAA